AUGGAGCUGUUUACCAAAAUAAUUAGAGAAGCUUUAAAGCAAUUUUACAAUAUAUUUUUUAUUGAAUCAACAUUUAUAACAAUAAUUGUUAAUAACAUAUCUAAUAUUUUUAUAAAAGAUAAGAAAAUAGAAUUGUUUAAGAUAGUUUACUUUCUUAUGAUUGUGGUUUUGUUAUUUUGUAUUAUAAUUAGAUUAUUUGCUUCUGAUUAUCACAUACAAAGUAUUACUAGAACAAUAACAGGUGGAUUUUUAAUCUAUGAAUUAUUAAUUUCAAUUAAAUUUAUACUGUCAUUUGAAUCUUUAAAUAAAGAUUAUACAGAGCAAGGAAAUGAACCUUUUGUUGAUAACUUUAUAAAUUUUUUAAAAAUAGAUUUUGCAAAAAGUGAAGGAUACUUGUAUGCAAUUACAUUUUUAAAUGAGUAUUUAGAAAAUUAUUUAGUUGAUUGUUUGAUAUUAUUUUAUAGUUUAAAUUUUGUAGAAUUUUUAAUCUACAUAAUAAUUUAUGUAUUUUCUAACAGGUUAAUAAGCAUUGAUAAGAGUUUGGUAUUUUUAGUUCUAGCAAUUAUGAGUUUUAAAACAUGUUUCAAGUCUUUUUUUGAUGAUAAAGAUAUGUUUGUAUAUUUUAAAAUAACUAUGCUUGAUAUUUUUUAUUUAAUAACUUAUACUGUCUUAUUCUUUCUAUCCUCCUUUGUAAAGCAUGUUCGAGAUAUUUUAGUUAAUAUUAUUUUAUCUGUUUUCUAUAGUAUUAUUCUAAGUCUUUUUAUUUCAUCCAUUUAUUAUGAAGCAGAUGAUUUUUUUAACCGUUUAAAAUUACUUUUAUUAGAUGAAGAUGUUUUAGAAAAUGAGGAAGUUUUUACUAUUUCUAAAGAAAAAUUUAGCAUAGAAUUUAUAUUUAUGGGAUGUUUUAUAUUUUAUGUCAUUGCCAUAUUUCUUACUAAGAGAUUAUUUUGGAAGAAGAAAACUGUGAUAUGA